GUGAAGUGUAUUGCAGCAGUGAGCUGAAUGACCCUCAGUAUGACCAGAGUCUCCUGGAGAACUUAUUUUACACAGCACCUAAAUCUGAUACCAGCAUCGGUGAUUUCCUCAGUGAAGACGAUGAUAUUGCUUCUUCUAAAAAAAUGAACCAGUCAAAACCUGCUACCAGAUCUUCUAAGGUUCCAGAAUCAAGUGAUCAUAAGCUAAAGAAGAGGGCAGCAGUCAAUAAAAACAGAAAUUUGAUUGAGGAACAAAUGCUCUUGGAAACUCCAGAAGAUGCCCAAGUGAUGACAUUAAGUGCGGAUAGACUGGCCCUUCUGGGUAGAACACAUUCAGUCAGAAUCAUCAUCGAAACAAUGGGAGUUCCCCCAGAUAGUCCUCAGAUGACCCCAGGCAAGAAAAGCCUUACUGGAAGACCACCUAAGCUGACGACAGUAAAAAAGCGCACUUUCUUUGUGGAAUAUCACUUUCCUGUGGGCUUUUCCAAAAGUGGAUUGGGAAAGACAGCUUUGAUCACUGAGGUUGUUCGACUCACCUCCAGUAAAAUUACAGAUGGAAUGGUGAAAUUCCAGCAGCGAUUUGUGUUUCCAGUACAGUUUGGUGGCCCAAUGAUAGAGCACUGGUGGAAUUCUAACCUCACUUUCCAAAUUUAUGCAAAGAAAACUCCACAGAAAAAGCCAGAAGUCAUUGGAUCUGCAUCACUUCCUUUGCGAGCUGUCAUUCAGUCAGAGCUACUUUCUUUCAGUGGCCAACUUCCAGUACAACAGGAAAAUGGUCAGACUCCCUUUGGCCCCCUCAAGGUAACCAUGGAGCUUGUUAUGGAUAACAAAGAUUUCACUGGUAUUAAUACUAAGUUAAGUAGAAGCACCCAACAUAUCCCACUUUGUGCUCCUGCAAAUCCAGAUAAGAUAGUACCAGAACCUAGCCAAGAUACUAUCUGUACCAAAAAUCCACAAAACCUAAAUGAAAUUCAUGAGGAAUCUACAGAGACAGCACAGAAUUUGGUGCUUUCCAACCCAAAGUCACCAAGCCCAAAUCCUUCAACCUUCAUGGUUAUGCCAGCAUCCCACAAUUUAGUAAAUCAGACAUUUGGGUCAACAAAAGACAGUGCUUUGCUGUUGCAUAUGUUGUUAAUGGUACCAGAUGGGAAAGAUUUCAUUACUGGAGAAUCUGAGAAACAACCACCAUGCAAUGUUUAUUUGAAUUGCAAAUUCUUCAGCACAGAGGAAGUUACCAGAUCUGUCAUCGCAUGGGGGACAACACAACCAGUCUUUAACUUUUCUCAGGUGAUUCCUGUUUCUCUGUCUUCCAAAUACCUGGAAAGGCUUAAGAACAAUGUGAUGGUCAUUGAAACUUGGAACAAGGUGCGGAGUCCAGGACAGGACAAGCUGCUCGGGCUGGUGAAACUCCCCCUCCAUCAGUUUUACAUGUCAUUCAAAGAUCCCAAGAUUUCUCGCCUGCUGCUUGAUGCCCAGUACCCAGUUGUUGCUGUCGACAGCUACAUGCCUGUGAUUGAUGUGUUCUCGGGCCACCAAAAUGGGAGUCUUCGUGUCUUUUUAGCUAUGGGUUCUUCAUAUCAAAUAAUGGCACUACAAAGAUUAAAGAAUGAAGAAAGAACACUCCCUGCCUUCAGCCCUAGGCCAGCCCAUUUCCUGGACCAGCCAUCUGUAGCAUCUGUUGCUAUGGCAGAGGACCAAGUAAAUGCAUUGAUGGAGCACCACUUUGAGUUCCACAUAGAAAUGGUUAAAGGGCUAACCCCUCUUCAGGCAACAGUCUGGGGAGAAGCAGAUUGUUAUGUCCAGUACUACUUUCCAGUUCAAGACUCACAAUCCAGUGUUCUAAAAGGACCUGAGUUCCUUGAAAAUGGAAUCACUCUGAAACCCUUCAGAACUGCAACCACACUCUGUGUUCCAGAUCCCAUCUUUAAUAGUGAGCACCAUCACUCUCUCCUGUUGCCAACUGAAGUUCCAGUGCAACGGCUCCUACUAAGUGUCUUUUCUGCACAAGGACUUGUGCCUGGAGGUGGGGUCCAGUUUGAAAUCUGGUGCAGAUACUAUUAUCCUAAUGUGAGAGACCAGAUGGUCGCCAAAGGAACCUUGCCGUUAUCAAGGAUCUGUGCCAUGGUAACCAUGCAGCACCGUGAAGAUAUGGGAAUACAGACCUUUAAUCUCCCUUUAACUCCCAGGAUUGAGAACAGGAAAGAAUUGAGGAACCAGUCAUCAAGUUUACUGGACGUGGGCCUAAAGUACAGGCGUUGUCCAAGAACAGCAGAGGGAGUUCUUGCUGCCCGAGCUGUCUCUAUCUCAGUCCAGAUUAUCAGAGCCUGUGGUUUGCAAGCAGCAGCCAAGGCCUUGGCUGAGCAGGAACCUGCUCUACAAUUUAGUGCCACAGUCGGGGUCAAUGCCUCUGUCACCACUCAUCUCUCCUUCCUGCCCAAGGGAGAACAGCGCCGAACCCGCCCUGUGGCCUGCUCCUUCUGCCCUGAGUUCUCUCAUCACAUUGAGUUCUCAUGUAACUUGGUAACUCAGCACUCUAGUGGAGAGGCCUGUUUCCUGGCAGAGCUUUUAGAAUUUGCAGAAGUUACUUUUGCUAUCUUUCAUGAAAAUACCAAGUCAGUCAGUGAUAUAGUCAGUAUGCAGUCGUGCAAAGAGUAUCUACUCGGAGUAGUAAAGGUUCCAACAAAAGAGCUGCUGAUCAAGAGAUCUGGGAUCACAGGAUGGUAUCCUGUCAUUCUAUCAGAAGCUCUGGACCUGCCUCACAGUUUGGAUCUCAUGCAGAAGAUUGUGGGUGGUCUGGAGCUUUCAGUUUCCUUCACCCAUCCUGGAGAUAGAGAACGUGUGUUGGAAGCUGCUGAGCUCUUGGGCUGGAGCUUUGAGAAUAGCCUGAAGGAUUUUGUCAAGAUGGAUGAAGAGGAACCAGCCACUGUUACCAUCUCCACCCCAAGGCUGUGGCUACCUAUCCAUUGCGUGCUGCUUGCCGGCCAAAAACAUAUUCAUAAGAACACAUAUUGCUACCUUCGCUGUAAGCUGUAUGAUCAUGAAGCCUUCUGGACCCCUCUCAAGAAGCCCAAGGAAUCUUCAAACAAAAAGCAGGUCAUGGUUACUUUCAAGGCAUCAAAAAGAGCAGAAGUCACUAGAGGCCCGUCACUGCUUUGGUACUUCAGGGAAGAGAGGCUAGAGAUCCAAGUGUGGCGAGCUUAUGGAAAUGAUAGUGUGGAGAGGCCUCACCAGACAGACAGCUGGAUUGGCUCAGCUUAUGUGGACCUUAGCAGACUUGGGGAGAGGUCAGCAAGGACACUAACUGUCAGUGGUGUGUACCCUCUGUUUGGACGAAAUGCUUCCAACCUCUCAGGAGCUGCCUUGCGAGUCCAUGUGGUUAUUUCCUCUCUUUCCCCUCACCCUGAGCCCACUCAUGAACUGGACUCCAUGGACUGCAGCAGCCACAGUGAGUCUGAGAAACUUCCCAGGAGGAAUGAUGAAAUCCAGCUCUCUCCACCGCAUUGCCAUCAGAAGUCUUCUGCCUCCACCCAGUUCCCCUGCAACAGCACCGCAGCUGAAGUCUGCCUGGCUCAGGAAGGCCUUGCUGAGUUGGGUGGAACUUUUGCAGUCAGUAUCCUGGUGGAAAGAGCAAUGCACUUAAGCUUGAAAGGGAGCCCCUUGACAGAGCGGAAAGUACCAAUACCCAGUUGUUGUGUAUCCUUUACAACAGCUGAUGAACUAUCUCCUGUAUAUACCCAAGUGGUUGAAAACACAGAUUCCCCCAUCUGGAAUUUUCAACAUCAAUCAAGGCUAUCAAAAGAACUUCUUCUGGACCCACAACAAACCCUGAUCUUCAAAGUUUGGCAUAAAAGAGAUGAGGAGAGGGUGAUUGGUUUUGCCUCAGUAGACCUCUCCCCACUUCUCUCUGGCUUCCAGUUUGUCUGUGGCUGGUACAACAUCACAGACUUCAGUGGGGAGUGCCAGGGACAGAUCAAAGUUGCUGUCUCCCCUUUGGAGAGUUUGAUGCACUUCAAAGAAGAAAGGCAAGCAAGACGUGGGGUGGAAACCCCAGGAUCCCUGAUCCCAAUGUACAGUCCUUUUUCCUUCCCUGCCUCUAAUAUGUAUGCUGCAUUCCCCAAUUGCAUUAUAAGACAGAUCCCAGACCACCUUGCUCAUACCUCUUCAAAAGACCUUGAUUUCUCCUCUCCUGGGAGAAGCAGUACCACAAGAAGCCAGGCAUCACGCCAUGAAGAGCAUGUGCAGAACAUCCGCCUAUUUCAUGAAUCCCUGCAGCAGGGAGAGGCAGUAUUGCCAAGUGAUAACAAACUGACUGCAUCACCCUUGUCCUCCCAGACCUCUCUUCUAACUUCUCUCAGGAAGAAUCUGAGUGAGCUAGAUCAGAUCCAGCAGUACUUCAGCCAGAAGCUCACCAAGACUUUCCUACCCCUCAGCCCUCAGACUCAUACUACCAUCUUGCAGUGCCAGGAGAGCCAUCAGGACCAUCUUGGGUCAGGAGCCAGCAGCCUAAACCCUGAGAGCCAGUGCAUCUUGGAGAAAUCCAAUAACCUGGUUUUGCAAGUCAGCUCCUUAAUCACAGAUCUGCAGACUAUCACCAGGAAUUCUCAAGCAGCUUUGAAUUCUCACCGAGCCAGGAGUAGGAACAGAGAGGUCAUCACCCUCCCAGAUGCUCAGGACACAGAGGUCGUGCAAGAACGAAAAACAACUCCAGACCAGCCAUUGGCAGGAGCUCCAGACAAGGACACAAAUUACCCACCUCCCCCUGCUCUUGAAGAGACUUCAGAUGGAGGAGGAAUGCUCCAUGAGUCCCUGGGGCAUACAGUACCUAUUACAAGGACGCAGAGCAGUGAGGACAUUGAGGCAGAACUUGCCUGUAGUGAUGAGGACUAUGAAGAAGACAUCAUUGAGCCCAGGACCCUAAAUGAGAUCACCACCAUGACAGACAAAACUAGCCCUUGGUCCAGUUUUGUGUCAGAUACAAGUGAGGUCAUCAGCCCUCAGCCUGAUGAGGUGCAGAGGGAAGGCCCCUCUUGUUCUUCUUCAGAACCUUUCCCCAGAGAGAAGCUCGAGGUCAAAAGUAGCUUUCUGUCCAGCCCACAAAGGCCUGUCAACCUCCUCCUGCCUAGGCAGUGUUCUCCUAGCCAAAAUAUUGUUGCUUGUGAGAGUGAGGCCUCUAAGGCCAGCACUGGAGAAUCUGCCACAACUGACCCUCAGCUCAUCCCACUCCUGACCCGCUCAGGAGCCCAGCAGAGCAACGCUUUUGUUGGAUGGAGCUCACCACAGGCAGAUCAGGACAAGGAGCCCAAUCCAGAGGUUCAGGCUGAGAAUGAAGCUACCUCCAGUGAUUUCAGUGACUCUGCUGAUAGCUCCAAGAAAUUCUCUGUACAUCUAGCCUCCCAGAGCAGAAGGGAAAGCCAUAAGGGGCUACCCGUCAACUCCCCUGACAUCAGGCAGAAACAGGUGACAGCUGGAUUAGAGAAGUUGGAGGCCUCCCUGCGGAUGCUCUCACUCUCUGCAGCUUUGCCAUCACAAGCCACAACAGAUCAGGACAAGAGCAAAGCCACCAGGGGAGUCCUAUCCCAAAGGCCUUGUCGCCCCAGACCUACCUCGCUCCCUCCCAACCUGCCUGAGGAAGAAACUCGCAGGAUUGCACGGAUAUUUUGUUCCCAGUACUCCCAGAAAGACUAAGCAGGCUGAGGGACUGAGGGAAGGAGCCACCUGCCCACCUUCCUUCAGCCCUGCCCAACUUUCAGGAGGCACCAACUCUGGUGCCCUGAAACCACCACCAGCCUAGUACAUGGGUGCCUUGAGACCCAGUCAGUUCAGACUUGAGGAGUGACCCAAACCAGCCCAGUGUCCACCUGCCACAACUUCAGCUUCUUCUAUGGUGAAGCAAAGGCUGGAAACAAAAGGAUUCCAGUGCCCAAGUGGCCCUCCCAUCUUUUGACCAAGGGACCCAAGCAGGCAUCUUUCAGUGGAGAAGCUCCUCCCAGUGCCCUUGACCCAGCUGACUGCUGACAUGAGCCCACCCUCUGCCUGAAUAUGGUGGGCCGUUUCACCUUAAAGGUUGGAGCUGGUGGGUGGGUGGUAGAUUGUGUGCAUCGUGCAUAGCCAAGGAAAUCUUAGGGCCACUUCAAAUUCAUUUGCUUGGGAAUAAAAGUAUUUUAUAGAUAUAAAUUAUUUUUAUGCUGUGUUAAAUUAAUCAAUAGGAGAGGAGGAAGAAAUCGCCUCCUUCAAACUUUUUACCUGAUUGUCUGAAAUUCUAAUCAUGCUUUUAACUUAUUGUUUUUACCCAGCUCUGAAGGUCAUUGUUCUUGCCUGUGUUUGAAUAAAAUCAUAUUGGUAUUUGUA